AUGGCGGAUACCCGCACGAAAUACAGAACGGAGAUUCAACAGAUGAUGUUUGUAUCUGGAGAAACUGGAGAUGUCUCUCCAGAAACAACAAGCAUGAUCGAGAACAUUGUACAGCAGCAGGUCAUGGAAAUGCUCAAACGCGCCACAGAUCUUGCAGCGCGGCGAGGUGUACGCACGAUUAGUACGGACGACUUGAUAUUCCUGAUUCGCCACGACAAAGCAAAAGUCUCGCGCCUACGGACCUUUCUGUCAUGGAAGGACGUACGCAAGAGCGCCAAAGAUAGUGACGAGAAAGGUGGAGGUGGCGGAGAUGCGGGCGGCGUUGACGACUUUGACCUUGCUGGCAACGACCCCACACUCGGUACUGGCCCUGCUGUUGGCACACGAAACAGCAAGAACAAGAAGGCGAAGGUUGGGCUUCCAUGGGACGUUUCUAGCUUCUACAGUGAGCAAGUGCCAGAGCGCGAGGAUGAAGAGGACGAAGAGGAAGAGGAGAUGAACGCGGCUACGCUGCAACGACUCAAGCAAGCUGACGAGCGGACCAAAGGCAUGGAUGCUCAAGAGUAUCUCCACUUUAGCGAGUGUCGCCAGGCUUCUUUUACUUUCCGCAAAGGUAAACGCUUUCGAGAAUGGGCAGGCUUCGGUGUUGUCACAGAUUCAAAGCCCAACGACGACAUUGUGGAUAUUCUAGGUUUCUUGACAUAUGAGAUCGUGACUUUGCUCACGGAGGAGGCACUCCAUGUCAAGGCUGCAGAAGACGCGCUCAAGCGAGAAAGUGGUGGAGAUGAGGAGAAGCGAGGGCGCAAGCGAAGACGUGAGCCUGGACUUUUCGACCCACCCGAGGAAGCACGCACGCCCGUUGGACCAAAGCACAUCCAGGAGGCUUACAGGCGCUUGCAGAAGCCGGAUCUGAAGAGUCGGUACAUGUCACAUAUUCCAAAAGGCAAUUGGCAGCGGCCUCUGAAGCUCAUUUGA